AUGGUCGCCGGACAUUUCAAUUUGUCCGAGGAGGAACUCGAGGCGCUCUACAAGGAGAAAGAGGAGAAGAAGCGUCAGUAUAUGAAAAACUGGCGCGAACAGCAGAAGGAGGAGGACCGUGACACAUAUUAUAGGAAAUCCGCCGAGCAAGUCAACCGGUCUAGGGAAAAGGACCCGGAGCGACACCGACAGACGGUUCACAAUCGGAAGGCCAAUUACCUCGAAACAAAGAGGUACCAUUGUGCUGUUUGCAACAAGUCAUUUACAAGCAGCACCAGUCUCAAGUCCCAUCUCACGCGCCCGGUCCACUUUAGGAAACUGAAGCAGCACCUGAACCCCAAUGUCUGCACGAUUUGCGACUUGGGGUUCGCCAAACCGUCCAACCUCAGACGACAUUACCUCUCAAAGCAGCACCAAGACGCUGUGAAAGCCAAGGCCAGUGAGGCUGUUGUCGAGGGGGCGCUUGCCGAGGUGGAGGAGCAGCCUGCCAAUGUUCCUGAUGAGGACCUGGACGCGGAUGGUGUGCCGGAGGACCAGGACCAGGACGAGGACAAGGACAAGGACAAGGAAGAGGCGUCCAUGGACGUGGACAAUGCGCCUCAGGACAAGGAGGAUGCAUCCGAGGACCAAGAGGAUAUAUCCAAGGAUAGCGAGCUUGAACCCACGGACAAUGAGCCAUCGAUGGUUGUGCCGGACAAACCCAAGGCUGAGGAGAAGUUUCUCCCAGCCAAGGGCGGAGCAAGCAAAGUCGACAAGACCGGGGACCAGCAAAGUAGUGCAUCUGAGUUUAUCUGA